CAAUAUUACUAGUACUAGAUCACCGCACCAGAUACAAGGUAGAAGUGCAGCUACUUGUUGAUAUUGCUUACAGGAAAGCGAGCUUCAUCAUCAUCAUCAUCAUCAUCAUCAUCGUCGUCAUUCGAUAACGUUUCCGGUAUUUUUAUCUCCUUCCUGCUCACAUUCAACAUCGUAUCUAUUCUGGAGAUUCUCACCACUUUUACCAUUGCUUUAUCUACAUGUACAACUUUGUAAUUGUGAUCGAAGAGGAUUGAGACGAUGAGUGGGUUUUCGCUGUCCUCAGCCAGCAAGACGAUUCGCGGUGUGACGCAUCUGUGCCAGGUUGAUGCGAUAGCUGUUAUGAAAUAGGCCCUGAUCAUGUUCUUUCGGAGGAAAAGCUCAGGACGAAGGUCUGCGCCUUGUUGCUCAACGUUUUGUACUAGCAUGUAUGUGAGGUACAAAAUGAAAUUUCAUUAGGUUGUGGCCUGGUGGCGGGGAUUCGGCUGAUGAUCGUAAUUAGUUUCACGUUGACGCUACAGCUACGCAUCACACACACUAGCACUCACAUCAAAAUCAACAAUAUUGAGAAGGAGGUCAUCACUGUAAAUUUGAUUUUCCAUGAGCAAGACGAUCGCCACAACCUAAUUUUCCCUUCAUAAUCGUCGAUAAAGCGCUCUUUCGAACGUUUAGCGUUGAUUCUCUGAUGGAGCUUGCUGGCCUGAGCUGUGCGCAGGUGAUAGAGCGAGAGUUUCCUCGCACGACGAGAACCCUUAUCAUUUAUGGUGAGCAUCAUCUUCUUCCACUUGCAGGACCUUUGUUGAUUCCUUCCUCUUUUUGGUAGUCGUUUCGAGAAGUACUACUUAGCUUUGUUCUAUCAUGUUCAACAGUUGAGCUUGGGCCGAGGAGGCUUGAUGUUCUUCAUAUUUUUGCGGGUCCCGGCAAUAAUGGCGGCGAUGGCCUUGUAGCAGCGCGUCACCUGCAUCAUUUUGGAUACAAAGAGGUUUCUGUGUUGUACCCGAGGCCGGGAACGAGUGACGUGUUUACUCGUCUGCAGCAACAGCUUCGACAAAUCGAGAUCCCGGUAUUUUCUUCCGCAGAUGAGGCCAGGAUCUUUGGUGGUGGGCAGCAGGGAAUCUCCAGAAUAGAACCAAAAGGAGAAGCGGACACCUCUUCAUCAUACGACCUUCUUGUAGAUGCAAUUUUCGGGUUCUCAUUUAGAGGCUGGCGCGGUGGUGGAAAGGACGCCCCCUUCGACGCGCUAGUCGAUUUUCUUGCGCAGACAUCGACACCGGUCGUUUCAAUCGACAUCCCAUCUGGAUGGCAAAUAGAUGGAACAAGUACAACGACCGGCGAAAACGCCGAUAGCGAUAAGCACCAGGAUGCUAAGACCCUGAAUCUGAUACAUAAGAUUUCAGUCCAGUUUUUGAAACCUACAGCAAGUAUGCACCGAUACUGAAUUUUUUCCGACAAGAAAUAUGUUGUGUUUGCGUGCUUCUUGUUCUUGGCGGGUUAGCGUUCAACUUUUCUCUUCGAAAAGCUGAUCACUUUUGAGACACUCUUAGAUUUAUAUCUGCACCUGGACCUGGCGCUGGUCCUGGACCUCAUGGCCGGCAUGGCGAAAAUAACGCUGCAUCAGGCAACAAAAACUCGCUGUGGCAGCCGAAAAUGCUCAUCUCCCUAACCGCACCAAAGCUUGCAGCUGCGAAAUUCAGUGGGACGCAUUACUUGGGAGGCCGUUUUCUACCCGCAAACUUCGGUCUGACUCUUCCGCCAUACCCAGGGAGCACACAGGUGGUUCGCCUUUCGCCAUCGGAGGAAAAGAGCUAGAUCACACAAAUCGAUGGUCGUGACUGAGUUUCAUUGUUUCAAUGCUGUAGACUAGCACUAGUAUAGUAUAGA